AUGCGCUUCACUCCCAUUACCAUUGCUGCCCUUCUAAGCCUGACCAUCACAGCCACUAUCGUACCCAAACGCGGCGCAACUGCUAAACGCAACUCUAAUGUCUGUCCUGGCAUUGAGUAUCCGCGCUGCUGCGAAGCCAACGAUGAUGGUGUCAUUGUAUCCUGCACAUACCCUGGGAGCGUUGACUCGAUGGAGGAUUUCAGGAACGCGUGUGAAUACAUGAACAAAAAGGAUCGCGAAAAACAUGAAGAAGGCCACAAACACGAACAUGGCAAAGAACAUCACAAACACGGAGAGGACAAAGAACACCAAGAAGGCCACGAACACGAAGAAAAAAGACACGGCAAAAAAUACCGCGAUGGGAAACAGCCUAUGUGCUGUCGUUUGAAACAAACAAAGAUGUUACCAGAUGUUGGGCAACUCUUUGAUCGUAAGGUGGCUUAUAAUGAUUGCACCGAUUUAAAGGAUUAG